AUGGCCAGCCUCUGUGCCAAGGCCAGCGCCGGCCAUCUCCGCGUCUACGGCCCGCCGUUGCUUCAUGAAGGCGCCCUGUCCAUGGAGGAGAGGGAGCAGGACACAUCGCUCCUCCUCAUCAAGAUCGGGCACCACCGCAACGAAGCCGUCAAGCUGCUCGCCUCGCACCCCGAUCUGCUACGGUUCCUCGAUGCGGCGACCUGCGUCGGCCUGCUCGAUCCGGUCUCCAACAUGGUCGUCAGCGCCCUUCUUGCCGCCGCAGCAGAUCCCGUCGGCGGGGCCUCGGCGCUCGUCGGCGCCGACAAGGACGUGGAGCGGCGCUCCCUCGAUGGCCUCGUCGCCUUCCUCACCUGCUUCUUCCCUCACCUCACCGACUGGGAGGCCGUCAGGUACCUUGUCCUCGCCGAAGCCGACCCGCUCGUUGCCGCGCGCAUCGUCGUCGAGGACCGCCGCACCAAGUGCUUCCGCCCAGGCUCCGCGGCCACCAACGGCGCCCUCAAGCUCGCUCUCAAGUGCGCAAUGGUGGCCGCCAAGCAUCCGUGUCCCUCCGAGCUCGCAGGCGUGUGGCUGUCCUUGUGCUCCUCCCUCGACACCCUUGAGAAGGCCGUCUCCGUGCUCAAUUCCCCCGGCCACAUCCUCCACACUCUGGCCAAGCAGACGCCAGAUGUCCCUUGUCCUGCUCCUGUUGGCAUUGCCAGCAGCCUCAUCAGGCCAUGGGAGCUUGCCGCCCGUCGCAGUGAGCACGCCGCCACGGUGACCUGCCAGCAUUCCUGGUCACUAAGGCGAGUGCUCCUACAUACGAUCCAUGGUUUCUACCUGCAGGCACUCGCCAGGAUGCCGGGCGGCGAGCUGCGGUCUCGCUACCACCGUAGCAUGCUCAAGGCUGGCCAUUGCUACGGCCCUUUCGAUCCUGUCACCAACAUCAUCGUCAACACCAUCUGGUACGAAGCCACCUUCCCACCACUGAGUCAACUGGACGACCUCGACAUUCUCGGCACCUUGAACCUGAUGCGGAUUGAAGCACGAUCCUUGUAUGGACUUGUCUCUUUCCUCUGCACCCAUGACAAAGAUCUCAAUGCCGAUCAGGCCAUAAGGUUCCUGCUCGACACGGAUCUCAACUUGGCCGCGACAAAGCAGUGCAGCGGUGUCCAGGAAGAACAAGAAGAAGCCUUCAGGGCUGCUGCAAUUGCGGCAUGGCACCCCAGGCCUGAUGCCCAAGCAGGAUUCCUCGGUUCAUGCUGGAAGCCUCAAGUCCUGUCACUGCUGACAGAUAAUGGGGCCCAACAAGAGCUCUCCUCUAAGUGUGUCCAGCAGCUUGCCAUGCUAUUGUCAUCUGCUUUCAAUUCCACUGGCAUGUCAGUCCAGCAGAAGCAGCCAGUUGCCGUUUAUGAACGGGCGUUCAAUCUUAACAUGUCAGAGGGACGCAAACAGCGUAGGGAUCAUAAAAGAAUCUCCAGAAAGGUCAAGGCUGCACUAAGCAGAUAUGAGAUGCAGAGUUCGGGGCACGCCUGUUAUCAGCUUCAUGUCAUCUGCGGUGUGAAUGUAUCCGUAUCUGGUCGUGACUGGAAGCGAAAAACUCGUUUUGAUGAUGACUACUACCAUCACAUACAUGCCAACUUUCUGGUGAUGCGGGAUGUUGGCUCUGUAGGUUCAGUUCCAGUACUCUUCUUUGCUGAACUUAGCAAUGACGAUGAUGGCGACAAGGAUAGCCAGCUUUUAUGUUGCCCUGUGGAUUUUCCAACACCAGGGGCUGAGCCAGUGCGCUGCCUUUUCUGCGAGCUAGAAGGGAUCAGGAUUGUGCACCCGGCUAGUGGGGAGGGAUUCCAUGGGCACGAGGCGGACUUUGGGAAGAUGGUCCGGGGAGAAGAUCUAUAUGACAACGGCUACUAUCGGGAGGUGUACAACAACGAUCGCAUUCUAAGUAAUAGCGAUUAUGUUACGGACUGGAUGCACGAUGGACUCGAGGAGGACUACAUGUACCUAGGUAGCAAUGACUUCACCAUCAAGGAAGACGACGGCCAUGAGUCGGAUGAGUAUGGAGACGAGUAG